AUGAAAAGCUCUGUGCAGGUAGCAGCACGUCGGACAUCGACGCUUGUUCGCUACGCCUCGAUGUCAUCGAAGCAACCGGGACGUGUGGUUGUCAUUACUUCUGGUAAAGGAGGUGUGGGUAAGACCACUGUUACGGCAUCAAUGGGCUAUGGCUUGGCACAGCGAGGUUUUCGGACGUGCCUCAUUGAUUUUGACAUUGGACUACGCAAUUUGGACUUGCAUUUGGGCUGUGAACGGCGUGUCAUUUUUGACUUUAUCCACGUGAUUGAGAAGAACUGCCGCUUAAAUCAGGCCCUGAUUAAAGAUAAGAGGCUUGACAAACUUUCAUUACUGGCUGCUAGUCAAACUCGGGAUAAAGAGGCUUUGACGGAGGAGGGCGUGGAGGAAGUUUUGAAUGAGCUUAAGGCUCAAUUCGACUUUAUUCUGUGUGACUCACCAGCUGGCAUCGAAUCGGGGGCACGUCAUGCCAUGUACUUUGCUGAUGAUGCUAUUCUCGUAACUAAUCCAGAAAUUUCAAGCUGUCGCGACUCGGAUAAGAUGAUUGGUUUUAUUGCUAGCAAGUCACUACGAGCUAAGGAGGGCCGUAACCCUGUAAACCAGCGGCUGCUUGUCAACCGUUAUGAUGCCAAACGUGUAAAAAACGAUGACUGUCUCUCUGUUGACGAUAUUGAAGAGAUGCUCGGGCUUCCGGUUUGUGGCGUGAUUCCCGAGAGUGCGCACGUGCUUACGUCUUCCAACAUGGGCCAGCCUGUGAUUACAGCCGAACGAGAAAAUGCCGCCAUUGCGCUUAAAGACGCAGUGGCCCGCUUCUUGGGCGAGAAACGUGAUAUGAGGUUUUUACAGCCUGAAGCACCCAAAGGACUGUUCAGUCGAAUUUUUUCCUAG